AUGACACGCGAAAUGACUAUGAAAUCAAGAUCCGGUUGCAACAAACAACUCACCACUUUCGAGACGUCGCCCAAAGUCAAAGGAUCCAAGAUCAAAGACUUGACAAACUCCGCAUUCACGUUCGAGUCGAUAUUGUCCUGGGGCUUCGGAGAUUGUAUGAGGCAACAGUCUGGCACUCUCGGACUGGGUCUUACCACCCAUAACACCCAAACAGUUUGCCGCACCGCAGUAGCAUUUCUGUGGCUCGGCACCGUAUCUGUCGACGUUGUAAUCAAAAGUGAUCUCUUCGCCUUUGAGAAUUUUGCGUUUGGCAAAGAUGCCCAUACGGAACCGUUUAUUCACCACCCAUUUCUCCACAAAUGCGUUUGGAUCGCACGAGUGGUUGCAAAACCGCCCAAUACUGGCCUUCUUAGUGGCGUCGAUGAUCUCGUUAUCCUGGAUCAUCAUGAAGUAGAAGUGUUUGAUGCCCUCGUUGGAGUAUUUCUCUUUGUUCUCUUUGUACAGCUCGUUAUCGACGAUCUCUCCCUUAUACUCCACAAUGAAUGUUUGUGCUGGAAUAUCUUUGUCGGCUCUCAUACCGAACCCUUUAUGCUGAGUUUUGAAGAUCGAGACUGGAGCGAUCUCGUUCUUUUGAAAACGUUGGUUCUGACAAUCGUCUCCGCAGGUUUGGCACUGUCCAUCAACACAUUCGAUAUUUGUCAGUCUGUUGAUACAGUCAGAGUCCGGGCCACACGCGUGAUUCUCACCGUCAGAGCCAAUGUCCUCGGUACAGUCACAAGUCAUAAACUCGUCAGCUGCUGA